GCACCAGUCAAAGCGCAGGACCUGCAUUGACAUCCGGUUUUAAGGUUAUAGCGAGGUGGAUUGCACAACACGAAAAAUCGCUCUGCUGGCGUCGAGGAACCCGAGCAUCAGGGAGAUGCGCGUUGAUUUGUUGGCCGCGGGCUCCGACCAACGGGACAAAAGUUUCGAUAGACGAUCAUUGCAGUUUGGGUGGAGGCCUCUGCAAGAGAUGCCUAAAGGACCUAAAUUCAGAACAGGGCUAUACGGGAAUACGACAGUAAUCUCAACAACGGGAAUCAAUGUCAACGUGGGAUUCUGGUGAUUGCGGAUGGCGCGUCGAUUCCUUGUUGUUGGCAGUUGAUCCUGGCAAGAUGGCGGUGGCGGUCACGGAUGGCGGGCUGGUAUCUGACCUUGUAAUCGAGAGGCCAAGGA